UAAUAAUCGCCAUAAAAUCUCAUAAAAUCACACGAGAUUUCAUUUUAUAUUACUUCCUGCUUCUAAGUUUGACAGGUUUUUAGUUCCGAGGAGGUAGCGGACUUGUUUUACGUUUUUGUUUGAUUAGUUUGGUGAAAAUGUGAAGGUUUAGGCCUAAUGUGAGUCGUACCAGACUAUUGAGAAUGGUUCUCCUUAACGACAUCAGAUGGAUUACGAUUUACAUGUCAGACGAUCGUGAAGAGAAAAAGUUUGUUUGAGUGAGGGUGUCAAAACAAUGGAGAAGAAAGACAAGAAUUCAAAAGAGGUCGCUCGGUCUGAAAGCAUGCCGGCCUCUCCGCGCCGCAACAUUCCGUCCCGAUCGUUGACUCUGCCAGCAAAUUCUCGUCUGCCUCCAGAUAUUGGGCGGUCGGUCAAUAGCGGGUUUUUCACCCGGCUCAAACGAUGCUUGAGGAUUGGAAGCAAAGGUCGAUACAGUUUCAGCACUGCUCAUGGUAAAACUCCAAAGGCGACUGACGCAAUCCUGGCUGCCGGAAUGCAGAACCUAGAACAGCGUCCAUCCCAGACUCUACGACAGCUAAGACGUAGUAUUCCGGACAAAGAAGAGGUCGUGCUACUCCACAAGGGUCCAAGGAUUGUCGAUAGCAGCAGAGGAGAUAACUCUAGACUUCUGGAGUCUGUUUCGGAAGACACGCUCGUGCAGAUUGUUGGAGCGUCGCAGAAUAAUGUAUGUCAGAGUUCUUGCCUGGAUGACGUGAUGAGCGCGGAACAGCAUCGAGAUGAGGACUUGGCGAUCGAUGACCUUGAUGAAAUGGAUCCCGGUUACGAGACGCUGGAUGAAGUGCGGAAAAAAGUCCAGAUGAAGCUGAGAGCCAGUUGUCACGACGACAGAAGUAGUGAACUGAAACACAUCCCAGAGGAAAAUGUCGAGGUUCGUAAGCAUUCUGCCGGACAGCUUUCUGGUCAGGAGAAUGGGGAAAAGUGUAUGCGGGAUAGCGGGCUCGCUACUCCAUUAACGGACAGUCCUGAGAGUUACAGAGAAAGUAAUGCAGAAAGUGUCAACAGUUCCAUGUUGAGUGAAUCGACAGGGAUUGCCGACGAGUCGGGGAUUGAAGUGGAUAUGCUGGAUUUGGAUAAUAUCAACGUGUUUGACCAUUUGAACAGUGCCUCUGCGUACAGCAUCCCUUCUGAUUCUGUGGAGUCCCAGCAGCGACACAACUCUGACAGUUUUCUUACAAAUCCGUGUUUUGAAAUUGAAGAAGAACUUUAUGCCAACCCAAAAGUAAUUUCUCGCAAACGGUCACAGAAACAGCAAGGUUCGGAAUCGGAAAUAGCCACCGACAAUGCACAUUUGAGUUUGACGUGUUUAGAACAGGAAAAUGUUGAAGCUUCUAUGCCAGAGAAGUCGGUUUCUGAGGGCGAUGUUUCUGGUAAGCCAUGGCGCGGUUCGUCUGUCGAGUCGGACAAAUCGGCACCACCGCUUCCCGAACGUAAAUACACUUUAACCGAUAACGGGUUACCUCUUGAAGAAGGUUCCGAGCCCGAGACGCCCAGUGUAGAUGUUGAUGAAUGUGAGAAAUGUGUGAAAAUAGACUCGAAGAUUGACGUCGAGACAUCAGAAGAGAGUACACUGGAUGCUGUGAGUGAUUGUGGCGAUGUUCUGACAGACAAUGAAGCAGAAACGGUGUGUGAAAAUACUGCCAUUGAGGCUUUUGACGACGGCUAUCAAACCAUAAAAAAUGUACAGGCUCAGAAAAUGGAUUCACACCCAGACCCAGAGGCUCCGAAAGUUGAUUCAAGUCCAGAUGUACAGGCUCUGAAAGUUGAUUCAAAUUCAGAUGUACGGCCUCAGAAAGUUGAUACAAGUCCAGAUUUACAGGAUCAGAAAGUUGAUUCAAGUCCAGAUUUACAGGUUCUGAAAGUUGAUUCAAAUUCAGACGAACUGACUCUGAAAGUUGAUUCAGAUCUAGAUGUACAAGCUCUGAAAAAUUCAAAUUCAGAGCAACUGGCUCUUGACGACGGCUAUCAAACCAUAAAAGAUGUACAGGCUCAGAAAAUGGAUUCACACCCAGACCCAGAGGCUCCUAAAGUUGAUUCAAGUCCAGAUGUACAGGCUCUAAAGUUGAUACAAAUUCAGAUGUACAGGCUCAGAAAGUUGAUUCAAGUCCAGAUUUACAGGCUCUGACAGUUGAUUCAAGUCCAGAUUUACAGGUUCUGAAAGUUGAUUCAAAUUCAGAUGUACAGACUCAGAAAGUUGAUUCAAGUCCAGAUUUACAGGCUCUGAAAGUUGAUUCAAAUUCAGAGCUGCUAGCUCAA